CCUACUUCUAAAUGGACAAUGAACCCAUUAAUUGCAUCACUUUUUUAUUAUUUUUUUGCACUAUGUAUUUUAACUCAAUAUCUGAUAUACAUGUAUUUAGUAUAAGUCUGUAUUUGUUUAUUAUCUAUUUCAUUGUCCUGCUGCGGUACAGUUUUUUUUUUGAAAACUUUUUUUUAUUGCAUUUUUAAGUAGUUACAAAGUAAAGUGUGAAAAAAAUGUAUAUAACCCUUACCCCCUCCCCCCUAAUAGCCCUAUAGAAAAAAAAAGAGAAAGAAAGAAAAAAAAAGAAAGAAAGAUUGCCUGGUUGUUGGAAGAUCCCCACAUGUUCCAUGGAAUUCGUAAUAACUUUAAUAUAUAUAUUUAUUUCUUUCCCCAAAUAACCAAUUGUUUCAUCUUCAGAGCAUCUAUAUAUUUAAUCCUGUCUUUUGUAAAUAAGGGCUCCAAAUUUUCAGAAAUGUUUCAUAUUUAUCUCUUAAAUUAUAAGUAAUUUUUUCUAAUGGAAUACAGCCAUAGAUUUCUUUCUUCCAAGAGUCUAUACUUAAAUAUGUAUCCGAUUUCCAAGGAACUGCAAUAGCUUUUUUGGCUACUGCCAGUGCAAUUUUUAUAAAUUCUUUCUGAUAUUUAUUUAGUUUGAGUUUCGGUUUUAUCCCUUCAAUAUCACCUAGUAAAAGUAAUAUUGGAUUAUGAGGAAAUUGUGUUCCUGUAAUUUGUUCCAGUAAAAGUCUUAAAUUUGUCCAAAAAGGUUGAAUUUUAAAGCAAGGCCAUGUCGAAUGUAAAAAAGUACCAGUUUCCUGGUUACAUCGGAAACCUGGUACAGUUAACAAAUUUCACGAAAUAUGCUGAUGAUAUUAGACCUGAUUCUGGAUUUGAUAUAUUUAAGUUGAGAUGGGGCAAAUGCAAAGGAGAUGACAGGGGCAGUCUUUUUUAAACAGAGUGUGGUGUCUAAGAUGGUGGUGGAGGCAGAAACAUUACAGAAUUUGAAGAGGAGUUAAGCAAGGUACAUAAUUUUACAGAGUGUGGAGUAAGAUUUCAGGGAGAUUUUUCAUUUUAACAGAGAGUGCUGAAUGCCUAGGAUGCCCUGCCGAGGGUGGUAACUGAGGAGUUACAUUAAGAUCACUUAAGAAACUCAGAUAGGCAGGUUGAUAACAGAACAGUGACGGGAUAUGUGGGUUUGGAGAGAGUUGGGGAGGCGGCGAAUGCAGGUCGUGGGAGGACGGGCUAGGAAAGCGCAAAGGGCAGGUGGUGUGAUGAGCGCGGGAUUUCAGAAUCACGUGGAGAUUGCAGCAGCGAUUAGCGGACAGAGUGCGGGGCUGGAAGAUGAGUUUCUGGGUGCUGUUGUGCGCCGGCAGCAGUCAACUCAGGUAAAUGUUUUUCCUCAAAUGAGCCUCGACCCGACACCAAGACAGCAAGUUAGAACGGUACCCGAUUCAAUCACAGUCACACAAUUAACUAACCGGCGACAGGUUGAUAAAUCAGUCCCAUUUCUCUCUGCACCGGGGCAAAGAUGAUUCUAAAAUCACACUUUGGGCAGUGUCUGAGAUCGCUGCAGAUCCAAGGUCACUCAUAGGAUCUUUUGUCAGUUUAACAUCACUUUAUCUGCCAGACUGCGGAAUGCACCUCUGGGAGCAAAAUGAUUCCCUAUCCAGAUACUGCCACCCGUAAAACAGUUGUCCUGGUCUGGGCUCCUAGGGUCUCCCUGUCAGGAACGGCGACAGGAUUGGACGCAUAUGCAGGAUGCAGGCACUGAACUACUAGGGGUAUGACAGAAUGGGGAUGCCAUGGCAUGCGAGUGGUAAUGCAGGCAAGGCAGGAGGAUCCCAGAGUUCAGGCGAGGACAGAAGAUUCCAGAGUUCGUGGCCGACGGGAGAGUUCUCAGGGCGAGCUGCAUGGGUCCCAGGCAGGGCCGCCUCCCAGGUGAAAACACGGAGGCCUGGGCAAGGCGCGGACACCUGCGCAGGUGCGGGGAACAACCCAUGGGAAACGAGGGGAGGAAAGAGUAUGAAUCCUCGGCGGGCGGCAUGGAUCCCGAGCAGGGCCGCCUCCGAGGCGGAAACACGAAGACCUGGGCAGGUGUGGGGCAAAACCCAUCAGAGGUGAGGGAUAUGAAAGGACAGAACCACCCGUAUGGUAAUGGUGACGGACUGGCUUACCCAACGGGGGCAAGGGACUACAAGGGGCAGAAGCACUCGAGGGGUAAAGGCGACGGCCUGGCUUACCCAACUGGGGCAAGGGACAAGAAGGGGCAGAACCACUCGAGGGGUAAAGGCGACGGCCUGGCUUAAUAGACAGAGGCAAGGGACAGGAAGGGGCAGAAUCACCUGAGGAGUAAUGGCGACAGCCUGGUUUACCUGAUGGAGGCAAGGGAACAGAAGGGAGCUGGGUCCAGGGUGGGCUGUAGGACAACCAGAAUACACCAGAGAAUAGGGAGAAGCAAGCACAAAGCGCAAAAGCGCGUGCAAGGCGGAUACAGCUGAACAGCGGGACCAGCACACACGAGUAAAGCAGGAAAACAAGACGAACCUGGACAAAACAGAUACUGAGGAGGCCGGCAAUCAGGACAGAACAAGAUCCGGAGACGGCGGACCAGGUACCGAGCAGGAUUCAGAGCUGGCGGACUGGGUAUGGAGCAGGAUUCAGAGCCGGCGGACCGGGUACGGAGCAGGAAUCAGAGCGGGCGGACCGGGUACGGAGGAGGAUUCAGAGCCAGCGGACCGGGUAUGGAGCAGGAUUCAGAAACGGCGGACCGGGUACAGAGCAGGAUUCAGAGCGGGCGGACUAGGUACAGAGCAGGAUUCAGAGCCGGCGGACUGGGUACAGAGCAGGAUUCAGAGCCGGCGGACGGGGUACAGAUCAGGAUUCAGAGCCGGCGGACCAGGUACGGAGCAGGAUUCAGAGCCGGCGGACUGGGUACAGAGCAGGAUUCAGAGCCGGCGGACCAGGUACGGAGCAGGAUUCAGAGCCGGAGGACCAGGUACGGAGCAGGAUUCAGAGCCGGAGGACCGUGUACAGAACAGGAUUCAGAGCUGGCGGACCGGGUACAGAGCAGGAUUCAGAGCCGGCGGACUAGGUACAGAGCAGGAUUCAGAGCCGGCGGACCAGGUACAGAGCAGGAUUCAGAGCCGGCGGACGGGGUACAGAGCAGGAUUCAGAGCCGGCGGACCAGGUACAGAGCAGGAUUCAGAGCCGGCGGACCGGGUACAGAGCAGGAUUCAGAGCCGGCGGACCAGGUACGGAGCAGGAUUCAGAGCCGGUGGACCAGGUACGGAGCAGGAUUCAGAGCCGGAGGACCAGGUACAGAGCAGGAUUCAGAGCCGGAGGACCGGGUACAGAGCAGGAUUCGGAGCCGGCGGACCGGGUACAGAGCAGGAUUCAGAGUCGGCGGACCGGGUACAGAGCAGGAUUCAGACCGGCGGACUGGGUACAGAGCAGGAUUCAGAGCCGGCGGACGGGUUACAGAGCAGGAUUCAGAGCCGGCGGACCGGGUACAGAGCCUGAUUCAGAGCCGGCGGACCAGGUACGGAGCAGGAUUCAGAGCCGGAGGACCAGGUACGGAGCAGGAUUCAGAGCCGGAGGACCAGGUACGGAGCAGGAUUCAUAGCCGGAGGACCGGGUACAGAGCAGGAUUCAGAGCCAGAGGACCAGGUACAGAGCAGGAUUCAGAGCCAGAGGACCAGGUACGGAGCAGGAUUCAGAGCCGGAGGACCGGGUACAGAACAGGAUUCAGAGCCGGCGGACCGGGUACGGAGCAGGAUUCACAGCCGGCGGACCGGGUACAGAGCAGGAUUCAGAGCCGGCGGACCGGGUACAGAGCAGGAUUCAGACCCGCGGACCGUGUACAGUGCAGGAUUCAGAGCCGGCGGACCGGGUACAGAGCAGGAUUCAGACCCACGGACCGGGCACAGAUCAGGAUUCAGAGCCGGCGGACGGGUUACAGAGCAGGAUUCAGAGCCGGCAGACCGGGUACAGAGCAGGAUUCAGAGCCGGCGGACGGGUUACAGAUCAGGAUUCAGAGCCGGCGGACCGGGUACAGAGCAGGAUUCAGAGCCGGCGGACCGGGUACAGAGCAGGAUUCAGAGCCGGCGGACCGGGUACAGAGCAGGAUUCAGAGCCGGCGGACCGGGCACAGAUCAGGAUUCAGAGCCGGCGGACGGGUUACAGAGCAGGAUUCAGAGCCGGCGGACCGGGUACGGAGCAGGAUUCAGAGCCGGCGGACCGGGUACAGAGCAGGAUUCAGAGCCGGCGGACCGGGUACAGAGCAGGAUUCAGAGCCGGCGGACCGGGUACAGAGCAGGAUUCAGAGCCGGCGGACCGGGUACAGAGCAGGAUUCAGAGCUUGCGGACGGGGUACAGAGCAGGAUUCAGAGCCGGCGGACCGGGUACGGAGCAGGAUUCAGAGCCGGCGGACUAGGUACAGAGCAGGAUUCAGAGCCAGCGGACCGGGUACAGAGCAGGAUUCAGAGCCGGCGGACCGUGUACAGUGCAGGAUUCAGAGCCGGCGGACCGUGUACAGAUCAGGAUUCAGACCCACGGACCGGGUACAGAGCAGGAUUCAGAGCCGGCGGACGGGUUACAGAGCAGGAUUCAGAGCCGGCGGACCGGGUACAGAGCAGGAUUCAGACCCACGGACCGGGUACAGAGCAGGAUUCAGAGCCGGCGGACCGUGUACAGAUCAGGAUUCAGAGCCGGCGGACCGGGCACAGAUCAGGAUUCAGAGCCGGCGGACGGGUUACAGAGCAGGAUUCAGAGCCGGCAGACCGGGUACAGAGCAGGAUUCAGAGCCGGCGGACGGGUUACAGAUCAGGAUUCAGAGCCGGCGGACGGGUUACAGAUCAGGAUUCAGAGCCGGCGGACCGGGUACAGAGCAGGAUUCAGAGCCGGCGGACCGGGUACAGAGCAGGAUUCAGAGCCGGCGGACCGGGCACAGAUCAGGAUUCAGAGCCGGCGGACGGGUUACAGAGCAGGAUUCAGAGCCGGCGGACCGGGUACAGAGCAGGAUUCAGAGACGGCGGACGGGUUACAGAGCAGGAUUCAGAGCCGGCGGACCGGGUACAGAGCAGGAUUCAGAGCCGGCGGACCGGGUACGGAGCAGGAUUCAGAGCCGGCGGACCGGGUACAGAGCAGGAUUCAGAGCCGGCGGACCGGGUACAGAGCAGGAUUCAGAGCCGGCGGACCGGGUACAGAGCAGGAUUCAGAGCCGGCGGACCGGGUACAGAGCAGGAUUCAGAGCCGGCGGACCGUGUACAGAGCAGGAUUCAGAGCCGGCGGACCGGGUACAGAGCAGGAUUCAGAGCUUGCGGACGGGUUACAGAGCAGGAUUCAGAGCCGGCGGACCGGGUACAGAGCAGGAUUCAGAGCCGGCGGACCGGGUACGGAGCAGGAUUCAGAGCCGGCGGACUAGGUACAGAGCAGGAUUCAGAGCCAGCGGACCGGGUACAGAGCAGGAUUCAGAGCCGGCGGACCAGGUACAGAGCAGGAUUCAGAGCCGGCGGACCAGGUACAGAGCAGGAUUCAGAGCCGGCGGACGGGGUACAGAACAGGAUUCAGAGCCGGCGGACCGUGUACAGAGCAGGAUUCAGACCCACGGACCGGGUACAGAACAGGAUUCAGAGCCGGCGGACGGGUUACAGAGCAGGAUUCAGAGCCGGCGGACCGGGUACGGAGCAGGAUUCAGAGCUUGCGGACCGGGUACAGAGCAGGAUUCAGAGCCGGCGGACUAGGUACAGAGCAGGAUUCAGAGCCGGCGGACCGGGUACAGAGCAGGAUUCAGAGCCGGCGGACCGGGUACAGUGCAGGAUUCAGAGCCGGCGGACCGGGUACAGAGCAAGAUUCAGAGCCGGCGGACCGGGCACAGAUC